GGUUGUGGUUUUGGUGAAGCGUUGGGGGAAUCGAGAUCUUAAGAAGGAUUUCCUUGCAUUUUCGUUCCUUUCUUGGAUGCAUUUGCAUCGCGCCCAGACAGCGACCAGUGAGAGGCGUGGAUACCAAAAUAUCGAGCUCGAGCGCACCUUGCCUCUCUUUGGAGACGCUCUCUGCAGUCAUUCGAGGGAAAGAUGGGGGGAAAGCAGGCGCGAUUUUUUCUAUCGAGAGGACCAGUUAACCAUUUGCAUUUAUGAUAAUUAGUACAUGUCACUGAGUUCAUUCCGGUGGGAUUUGAUUAUUUUGACUAGAAAAACAGUCUCAGCCGAAGAGGAAAAAAAAUGGAUACGUCUCCCUCCAGGCAGCAGUAUGGGACAAAGAAGCGCGUUAAGAUCCACCCCAACACCGUGACGGUGAAGUACACCACCCACUUCCCCCAGCCGGGGGACGAGGGCUACGACGACGCGCCGUCCUUCGAAGACUUCAGCUCUUUCGUGGACGACAACCCGAAAAAGAGGCUGAUAACAGACGGCAAGCACGGGAGAACUUUCUUCGGUACCAUGAAUGCCCAGGCCAGCGUGGGCGGCGAAAAGAGGGAGCAGGGGGUGGGGGAGCAGCUGCAGAGCUUCGGCGAGGCCUCGGUGUUUGCCUCGAGGGUCACGUGGGCCGCCCUGUUCGGCGCGGCCCUGGCCCACGGCUGCGUGGCCCUCAUCACCCGCCUGGCGGCCGACCGCUCCAAAGUGCCCUCCCUGGAGCUCCUGUUCAUCCGCUCGGUCAUCCAGGUGUUCUCCAUCACGGUGGUCUACUACUACCAGGAGGCCCCUUUCGGGCCCAAGGGCUACCGCCUGCGUCUCUUCUUCUACGGCGUCUGCAACGUCAUCUCCAUCACCUGCGCCUACACGUCCUUCACCAUCGUGCCACCCAGCAACGCCACCAUCAUCUGGCGGGCCACCACCACCGUCUUCAGCGCCGUGCUGGCCUUCCUGCUCAUCGACGAGAGGCUGGGCUACACGGACGUGGUCACGGUGGUGAGCAGCGUCUUCGGCCUCUGCCUGGUCAUGAUCCCCAACAUGGCCGACGAGGAGAAGUCGCCCCUGGGCUUCUGGAAGGAGGCCUUCGGGUACACCAUGACGGUGAUGGCCGGGCUCACCGCCGCCCUCUCCAUGAUCGUCUACCGGGCCAUCAAGGAGCGGGUGAGCAUGUGGACGGCCCUCUUCACCUUCGGCUGGACGGGCACCGUGUGGGGGGCGUCCACCAUGUUUGUCAUGCAGGAGCCCAUAAUCCCCCUGGAUGGGGAGACCUGGGGCUACCUGGUGGGCAUCUGCAUCUGCUCCACGGUGGCCUUCCUCGGCGUCUACUACGCCCUGAACAAGUUCCACCCGGCGCUGGUCAGCACCGUGCAGCACCUGGAGUUCGUGGUGGCCAUGUUCCUGCAGCUCCUGGUGCUGCGCAUGGUCCCGUCCGUCUACGACGUCAUCGGAGGACUCAUCAUCAUCGUCAGCGUCUUCGUCCUCACUGGGCUGAAGCUCUACAGGGUGGAGAGGGCCAGACGGCAGGAUUAUCAAGAAAUCCUUGAUUCGCCGAUCAAAUGAGCGCCGCCCGCGUUCCCCCUCCCCCCCCGCAGUUGCCGUGUACAGUGUUAAAUCCCCCCUCCCCCACAUGUAACAGUCUCAUGAAUGUCCGAAUCUGGUCUCUAUUUUGUAUUGUGCUGUUGAAAGAGUGGCAGUUCCGUAAUGUCUUU